AUGUCUUCGCUGGAGCAACUUAAAGCUCAACGAACGAGUGCUCGACUCGACUCAAACCUGGAAGCCAUAGAGCAGAUGGAGCCAGCUGAGGCGCAGCGCAAUACUCGCUUCGAAAUAGAGGAACUGUUUAUCCACGCCAAGGUUUGCGUUCAGGAGCAACUUGGACCAGACGCUAACAGCACCGGCAUUCAUGAAUCUACGCCCUUGAAACGGUUCGAGCAUUCCACAAAGGCUCUGGACCGCUUAAAGCGGCGCUAUGACAACCCGACUCUCGUAUUUUUGGAUAACAUAUCGUCACUCUUCGCAUUGCCAACUGUCGCCAAGUCAAAUGGUCAGCAGUUGCACAGCCUAAUCGAUAAUGCAUCCGCAUUAUACAACUCGUUGCGUUCGUUGAGCACCGAGCCACAGAUUUGCGAGGCCAUGCUCAUCUCCAUAGUUAUGGGCAAAGUGGACCAGGAGACUAAGAGGAAGUGGAAUGAGUCGCUGGACUACACUACGUUGCCUUCGUGGGACAAAUGCGUUGGAGUCGUUGAACGUCAUUGUCAAUAUUUGGAAUCGGAUAAGAAGCCUCCUGCUGAAGCCCCUAUGAGUCAACCAGGUGGCCAUAGGUCACGCUCGCAGAGGAAUCAGGCAAGUCUGUCCUUCAAUUGCACCAUACAAACUUGUAACAUCUGUUCACAGACAGACCACAAGACCUUUAGAAGCCCAGAACUAAUCAAUCUCGCCCUAGAUAAUCGGCUCAAUGCAGUAAAGCGCCAUAAGCUAUGCAUUAAUUGCUUUGGCAGGGGUCAUCUUGUAGCCAACUGCUGGUCGACGCGGAGGUGCCACUCAUGUGCACUACCGCAUCACUCGCUGCUUCAUCAGCCAUCGCCAGGAUCGGCCGCAGCUCCCUUGCCACUCCCUCAAGCGGAGCCUGUACAAGUUUCGGACGCAGUCGCGCAUACUCACACGGAGUCUCGUUCCGACUGUGACAUUCUGGCCGCGGCACUGAUUCUGGUGAAUUUCAUAUCCGAGGAGUUUGCCCAAAGACUUCGACUGCCACGGAGCAAGCUCAACCUCGAGAUUCGUAGCUUUGGUGAGACACAAACGCGAAUUAAACACCAUGCAACCACCAAUAUCAAGUCGAGGCACAAUGGAUUCGAGUUGCUCCUUGAUUUUUGCGUGACAUCCCACAUCGCCUAUCAUCCAGAAUCGGAAAUUGACAUUUCUGAGUGGAACCUUCCGCAGCACUCAUCUCUUGCUGACGAUCGUCGGAUCGAUCUGCUUUUGGGGACAGAAACCUUCUUCGAUAUAUUGGCAGUCGGCCAAGUUAAAAUAGGAAAGGAUCUGCCCGUACUACAAAAAACACUACUUGGAUGGAUAGUGUCUGGUCGAUGUCGAGCUCAUCCCAGAACACUCCAUCAGUACUCAUCUAUCGCAUUAACAGAAAUUGACCAAAAAAUGGAACGGCUAUGGCGCAUCGAUCAUGUGGAGCCUCCUGAGAUCACACUUACGCCAGAGCAGCGAAACUGUGAGGAGUUCUACACCAAAACGGUACGACGUAAUUCAGAUGGUCGAUUGGAAGUACGACUUCCAUUUAAAGAUGAACCUACCGUUCUCGGAGCCUCAUUCGACAUUGCCAAAAGGAGAUUCCUCUCCCUCGAACGCAGCCUAUGCAAAAGGCCUGAGGUAGGGGCCAAAUAUGUUGAAUUUAUGCAGGAGUUUCAAAAUCUGGGACACAUGAGUCCCGUGAGCCAUCCACAGUUAAACACUCCGCAUUAUUAUAUUCCGUACCACUGCGUGCUCAAGCCUAAUAGCACAUCAACAAAGCUCAGAGUGGUUUUCGACGCAUCUUGCAAGACGACGUCCCAGAAAUCGCUCAACGACCGACCAUUCAGCCAGAUCUUUAUACACUACUCCUGCGUUUUCGGAUACAUCGCUAUGCCAUCACUGCUGAUGUGGUCAAGAUGUUCCGCCAUGUUUGCCGAGGAUCGCAGAUUCCAAUACAUUCCUUGGAGAACGUCGUCAUCGCAACCAUUGAGCACCUUCGAAUUGAAUACUAUAACUUAUGGCACAUCGGCUGCACCGUAUCUAGCCAUACGCAGUUUGUCAUAUCUAGCCGACAAAUUCAUGGACAAAUUGGAGAUUGGAGCUAAAGCCAUCAAAUCGUCUUUCUAUGUGGAUGACUUCCUAGGUGGAGCGGAUACGGUAGAGGAGCUACAUCAAAUCAAAAGGGAAGUUACAGCGAUUCUGCAGGAUGGCCAAUUAGAACUCGCAAAAUGGCAUUCAAAUCACUGCAAGUUUGUCGAUGACGCUACAGUCAAACAUUUGCAGUUGGACGACGAAAUGCUAACCAGCACGCUUGGCCUAAAAUGGGACCAAGUACGGGACACAUUCAUGUUCUCGUUCUCGCCAAGAUUCGAUUCGGACCACGUCACCAAGCGCUCGAUUUUGUCCAUAGCCUCUUCGCUGUUUGAUCCGUUGGGAUUAGUUACUCCCAUCAUCAUAGUGGCAAAAAUUAUCCUCCAGGAGCUGUGGCUCCUAAAACUACAUUGGGACGAGUCACGAUACAUACCUUUCAAAUACACGGCUUUUGUGACGCCUCCGUUCGAGCGUAUGGAUGCUGCAUCUACGCUCGCACAAUCGGAUCAGAUGGGCCGACCAAGGGGCUGCACUAUCACCGAGUUGGAACAAUCGAUAUGGUUCGAGGGACCUGAGUUCCUAGGCCAAGAUCAUCAACAUUGGCCAAAGGACAGUCGAGACAACAGUGACAUUGAUAUGGAAACUGUCCAACUGGAGAAGAGAAAAUCAGCCUUUGCCGUACACACGACUAGUAAUCAACUGCUUGAAGGAAUCUACAAGAUCAGUUCCCAUCAUGGCUGCCUACUAGUUAUCGCUUGGAUGUACAGAUUUACUCAGCGCUGCCAACUGAUGCAGGCGCUACAUUGCAUCGUCUGGAAUAUUCAAACUAUUCACUUCGCUCAAGAGAUGUCCUCGGUCCUGAAGGGCCAUCCGAUUCGCACUAACCUUAAAAAUCUCAGUCUCUUCCUCCAGGUUACAGAUGGCUUCCAAAUGCUAAAGGUCGGAGGGCGCCUGGAGCUAGCAGACUACCCAAAAACCCAAAAGCAUCCUGUGCUGCUCCCAGCUAAGGAUCCAUUUGUGUCACAGUUCGCUCGCCAUCUUCAUCUACAGAACUAUCACGCCGGGCCACUGACGCUCGUCGCUUAA